CAUCAUAAUCCUUGUACCUUGUUCAUAUUCAUUUUCAUCUUCCUAUAUAUACUUGUCAAAAUGGACACAACCCCCCUUACAUACCCAAAAUUAUUAGAAUAUAACACACUAUAUCUACUACCAUAGCAAAAAAAAGCACAUGGAUUGCAUUGAUCCAAGUGGUAACACCAUCACAUGUGCAUCAAUAGAAGAACAAGGCUCAUCUUCAAACCCAAACAACAAGAGGAAGAAAGGUAAUGCUAUGAACAACAAUAAGAGGAAGAACAAGGGAGUGAUGAAACUCUCAACUGACCCACAAAGUGUGGCAGCAAGAGAAAGAAGGCACAGAAUCAGUGACAGGUUCAAGAUCCUUCAGAGCAUGGUCCCUGGUGGCAGCAAGAUGGACACUGUUUCUAUGUUGGAAGAAGCCAUUCACUAUGUUAAGUUCCUCAAGGCUCAGAUUUGGCUUCACCAAACUUUGAUGAUGAACUAUGAUCAUGUGAAUAACAACAAUAAUAAUAAUGAUAAUAGUAUAAAUGAUCAGUGCUAUUAUUAUUGUUACCCUGCUGAUCAGGACAUUGUUGUUCCUCUUCAUCAGCAACAAAAUGUUUCUUCAUCAGUUUUUGAGACCUUACCGGAGCUACCAUUAUCUCAGUGUUGCAUUCAAGGUGAUGAAGCCACUACCAAUAUUGAUCCUUCUGUUUUGAAAAAUUGGUGGCCACCUUAUUAAUCUCUUAAUUAAUUUGUAAUAUGAUGAUUAAAUUAUAGUGUUUUAUUUUAUCUUUGUGGGCUCGUGAUAUAUAUGGUAAUGUAGUGAGAGCUGCUUAGUUCUUCACAUGUAAUUGUUUUGUGUUGAUGAUGUUGGUGUCUUUUACUAUCUAUCACAAGCACCUCACUUUCAGUGCAUUUAUGUUUGGCUAUGGCUAGCUAUUAAUUCAGAACAAAUUAAUUAUGUGAAUUAAGAGAAAAAAAUUAAUUUGUUAUUAGUGUCAAUGA